UGAACGCCAUUCCCUUCUCGAUGCUAGCGGAUAAAAAUCUUCAAGGCUAUGGUACACGCCAUACGCCCGAGCGCCAGAGUCCCAGAGAAGAAAGACUGCGUGACCACCAUGCGUACUGUCAAGAAGUGCAUGAUGGAGAAGGUGUCAAGACUGAUCGAGGGCGAGCAAGUGUGCAUCACCUCCGACGGCUGGACCUCUUGCGCCAACGACACCUACAUGUCGCUGACGUUCACCCUGAUCACCAGUGCCUGGAAGCUCGUCACUCUCUCGGUGGACUGCAGUAAGUCGGAAGGAACGACGACAGGUGAUGCUCUUGCUGCUGGUAUCAAAGCCACGGUGGCGAAGCAUGGUCUGACUGGCAAGGUCACCGCUGUUACAACUGACUGUGAGCCUUCAAUGGUGAAGAUGGGGCGCCUUCUCGCAGGAGACGCUACCGUUUCCACCCAAAUCGGCUGCUGCAACUACCGGCUUGAAAGCACCUCCUCCAUCGUCUUCAACGGGCCGAGGGUCAAGAAGGUCAUGGUCUUGGCCCGCGGCUUGGUAACGCGAUACCCGACAUCGAGCCAGGCGGCCGAUAGGCUCAAGCAGUUUGUCAAGACCUACCUUGGUGUUGACAACAAGCGGGUGAUCCAGGACGUGGUGACGGGUAGCUUAGUGGUACCCUUCAUCUACGACCUCCGCAACAGCCUUGAGGACGCGAUCGACGAUCUCGUCGAGCUACCGCCCGACUCGGACGCCAACGUGAACACGGCGUGGGCGGCGGUGAUGCCGUGCAUCAAGGCGCUCCGAGACGAUUACAUCGACCGGUGGGGAGACGGACACAACAUCCUGAUCUACAAGGAGGGCCCCAGGCGGCAACCAGGUGGUUUCAAGCCUGUGCACGUCCUAGCAACCGCGCUCGACCCUCGCACAAAGAUCCCGUAUGGAGUGGACGAGGACGAGAAGGCCGACGUUUGGAAGCUCGUGCAGGAAGAGGCGGUGAAGAUCGCGGUGGAAACCCGCAAUGCGGAGAACUCUCAGCGCACCUCGUCGCAGCAAGGACCAGAAGCAGCGGCAGGACCGGCAUUAUCGUCCACCAGUGCGGGUGCAGAGGAAUCCUCGAGAAAGCGCCCGCGCGUGGGGGGUUCAUGGCGGCGGCGCAAGCGGUCGGAGGCGCACGAACCCCGCAGCUGGGCGAAGGCGCUGAUAGCUCCACCACUAGCCUCCUCACGAACUCGGUGCGGGUGGAGCUCACGGCCUUCAAGGUGUCCACAGGGGAUUCACUUGCACACGUAUCAGGGGGGCGACCUCGGAGAGGAGAUGUCGCACAUCCAGGGAGCCGUUGUGGUCCGCAGGCCCGAUCUGACGCGGGAGCCCGGAUCACUUGCGCCUGCCCCCGACAUGGACUUCGUCAAGACUCUCCAGUCCUACUUCCCUAUCUCGCAAGGCUCACUACUCAGGCGAAUGGUCGAGGCCGACGACUUUGACUUGGAAUCCACGACUGUGCACGUACAUCCGAGGUUCCCCACUCUGCUUGGUGUCAGACCAUUCUUAGGCGCCGUUCGCGAGGGAAACUCUGCCGCAGCACAGCUAUUGACCCCGUACUGUUCAGGAGAGGACCCAGGGCAAGACAUCGAGGAUUGCGUGAGGAUCCCCACGUUGGUCAGCAUGGUGGACGUGUUCGUCAACAGGAAAGGGGCGGUGUGGAACGAGCAUGAUUUCAUUGCGCCGGUUAACUGCGCUAGGUUUGCGGAGGAUGAGGCCGAAGACGCCUUACGAGAAGCCGCGGGGGACAUGCCGAGAUAUAUCAAUAGCUACGAAAAGGUGUUCAUGAUGGCCCAAGAGUGGGGACCGAACUACUACCACUUUACCGUGGAGCAUCUGCCGCGGAUCACUUUGGCGUUGGAUAUUCUUCUCGAAAACCCAGACAUCAUGAUCGUUAUGCACCACCACGGGCACGACAAGUGGCAUGACACUUCCGUAGAGCUCGAAGCUCAUAUGGAGCUGUUUGAGCUUAUUGGAAUCAGCAGAGAGCGCAUCGUGUACACCUCGCACGAGGUCCAUGCAAAUCUAGCUAUUGUGCCGACUACUACUAAUUGCGGCGACCCGGACCCUAGCAUGAUCAACAUGCUCAGGAACAGAUUCCUCCAGGGCCUUUUUCCGGGCACGGACGGCGUUCCUCCUGUUCCGCCCCGCCCGGUGAUCGUGCUCAUUGUGCGCAGCAAUAUACGGGGCCUGGAAAACAACGACGAGGUGAAAGAGGCCCUGGAGAGAAACUUUCCGAGCUUCGAUGUGGUGGAGUUCUUCGGAACAGAUCCCGUCCGAGAUCAGCUCAAGACCUUCGCAACCGCGUCCAUGAUCAUAGCUCCCCACGGAGCCGGGCUUGCCAACAUGAUCGUGGCGCCCCUGCACACUCCGGUGCUGGAGAUUGCCCCGUUAGAGUGCCCCCCCUGCUUCUUGAGGCUUGCCUUGAAGGGCACCUGUGUGUCUAAUGGGGUUUACUAGAGGACGGCAAGGACCUUUUUUAUUUUCGGACGUUUGCUGAAGGUGGCAGAAAGCACCUGCCCUACCGGAAACUUGAACGAUUAAACUUUCCAGUAAUUGGUUGCUUGGUAGGUCUUCCUCUCAAUGAAGAACGAGGCUGCGUCUCUGUUCGCAACAAACAUGGCAAAAGUUGCACUUUGAAUCACUCUCCAAUCGUUGCUUGCUGCCGUGUCGCCUGACCAAACAUUGUUUUCUGCAACCAACAUUUGACCAAACUAAAGCUUCACCACAUCUACGCGAGACAUACCGCGGGCGAUGAUUGGACGAUACGCUGCAAUACAUGGUACCACCCAGACGUCGAUGGAAUUAUCGACCUCGCAAGGGAUCUGCUCGAGGCGAAACGCCAAGCAGACGAUGCCCGUUAAUUCCCUGGAGCAGCAGACGCGGAUCAAGAACAACCGUAGCCAUAAAGGCACAGAAGUGCUACAACACUGCCCGGCACGAUUGCCCCUGCGAAAUCUCGUAUAGGACUUGCCGGGGUAAUUUCAAGGCGAGGAAGGGAUAGGAGGUAUUCGGUUCAUGAUUUUGGUCUAGAUUCCUGUCGUGAACGUUUCCCUGAAAAAUCCGGGACGGAAAGCCUCAGGUUUUCGCUUAGUUGGCGAGGGGGUGCUCUUCACGCAUGUCAGGACAGGACAGCGGGGAGCUCUCAUAUGAAAGACGGAGGUCCUCUCUUUAGAUUACUUUGGAAAUAUGUCGUCGCCCUCCUGCCAGCGACCCACCUGACUGGCUGAUGGUUGAAAAACAUCAAGUCUUGCUGCGGGCGGGUCCAAAAUCGCGAACACGCUAGAGAGCCAUCUGGCUCCCCGCGUGUGUGUUGCAACAUUCUGGACUGGCAGUGUCGUUUGUCGGGUGUCCCUUGUCAGGCCUUUCUUGUUGAGCACAGCCUAGGUUUCCUCAGAAAUGCCAUGUGACGUGAGAACAACCGCAACGGUAACUGUCGGCAUACUGCCCCUUCGUCACGUGUGGACUACGCUUGGACUGUGUCUUGGAAAAUCGUUAAACCAAGACGGUUGGUUUGGCACUAGCUCGCACCCCUUACAACGCGUCUAACGUGGCACCGCCCAGCCGGUUUCAUCAGGUGUGAUUUGUUCUCCGAAGACAGUGCUAUUUAACUUUUCUGUCGAUCUUUGUCGUGUGCAAUUUGUUCUCCAUAUCGAUGCUAUUUAGUCUUGUGUGUCAAUUAAAGCACUUACCGAAGAACCGUUCGUGGUCUUCCUAGAUAGGGGCGUGAGAAUGUUGGCUUCCGUAUUUUGUACCAUAUUGAUUCUUGUUCGAAAGGAUAAUUGAGGACAGGGGAGCUGGAAUAACGGUUACUCGUGACCUUGGAAGGUAGCGGUUAGGAACGCAAGGACGACCGUUGGAUAGAAAGAACUUGCAAGGGACGGUGAGUUUAGGGUUGUUUCGGACACUGCUUUUUUUUUUGCAAUGGGCUCUGCUUCAUCUUUGGCGUUUCCCUGCCUCACUACUGUCGUCUCUGUCUUUGGCCCGUUCGGGACAACGUUGAUGUUUGGUUUUGAGCAAGCAUUGUUCAUAUCUGGCGGUCCUUUUCUGGACAUUGUUUGGUAGUCUCUUGUAGCCAUUGUUCUACAUGGAUGUGGUAAAUGCCUUGUAGCCGCGGCUCGUGCCUUCCCCUAGAAAAGAGACGGAAGGCUAAGUACUGGUUGGGAGACAGAAGGGCAGGCGAGCAUGACGACGGUCUACUCCCCCAUGGUCGAGAUUCUGUGUAUAUCAACGGCUCAUUCAAAGCACGGGUCUUUGCAAUUCUGUAGGCUGUCGUAUGUGUCGGUAGUGGGAGGCACGGGUGGGGUAGUUAUGGUGUGCCUCGCCAACCAGCGGACGGAACUAGGAUAAUGUUCCGAUACUUCCAGUAGUUUAUUGCACGAACAGUCGCUGCUAAGGAUUUGAAUGACGUUGAUCUCUGGGGCGGAACCACCGACCUAUGGCCGAUGUAUGGAUAUGCGGAAAGAUUGCUCUUGUGCAUAGCUACAUACGUUUGUUCCUUUUGCAAGGGACACAUUCGUAUUUCUCGCUUUAUGAACGGAAGGUGACACAAACGCGACUCGUGUGCUUCCCACGUGCGUAGAAUGUGUCUCCGUACAAGUUUUCCAGAUAUUUUCGUUCAUUCCAUGCAUCAUAUGAACGACUUCAGCUCUCUCCGAGCAGAUAAUGUUUUCGUACAUGCCACCACUUGGCUCGCAACGCGUGCGUUUCUUUUACUACGUGCCAUCCCGUGAUGCACAUAUUCUUCACAAAAGCGCCUAUCACGCAUUUCUGAAUAUUGUGGCUCGACUUGGCAUUUUAGUUACGCCUGUGACCACGGGAAUCAACCCCGUUAACAAUUGGUAGAUCAAUAGCGGCAGAUGAAGGUAGUGGGCAGAGAGAUCGUUUUUAAUGUGAAGGCAACAGUAUUUCGGAAAGAGAUUGCAACGGUAGUGCGAAGCGGUCAUCGUUUGCCGGCACAGAAGUCUGAGAGCGGAGGAACACCGAGCGGUUCCCAACAGCUUCGGCAACGAAGAGAGGUGGUUGGUUCGUUCUGCUCGUGUCGUGUCGGCCGCUCUGUGGUCGCGCGCAUCAGUGAUAAAAU